AUGGAAACUAAGGCUGAUAUAACUAAGUCUAAAAAACAAACUCAGCAGAAAACGGCUUCUGCUGAGGAAUUCGCCCAAUUCGUCAAAGAUAUCGUGAAAUCUGAGGUCAAAGAAGUCAUGAAAAGCCUUAUAUUUGACGAAGAAAUCCAGGUCGGCAAGAAAUCCAUUGAGAAAUCUAGAAAUAGGUAUUCUAAUUGCCCGAGGAUGGCGCUAUCUUGCGUCAUCCUCGGGCAAUUUAAAAAAAUGGCCCCAUACCGGGAAUCGAACCCACGUGUGGGGCCAUUUUUGGUGCAUGGAAGUCGAUGUUCUCCACUAACCAAAAAUGGCCCCACACGUGGGUUCAAUUCCCAGUGUGGGGCCAUUUUUGAAUUGCCCGAGGAUGGCGCAAGAUAGCGCCAUCCUCGGGCAAUUACUAUAAUUUCUAUGUAGGAUAGUAAAGAAGAUAAUUGUUGGAGACAAGGGCAGGCUUCAAACAGAUCCGUCUACCGUAGAGAAGAUCAAAGUGUUCGUCAAGCGCUAUCUUAUUCAUCAAUUUAUCAGAAAUCAAUAA